GUCCGCCGCUCAUUGGAGGAAGCUGCGUUCAAAAAGUCCGCCUCUCCGUCCCGCUCUGCUGGGAGCUUUUCUGGUUGGUCGCCAGCAUCGUCCCGCUCCUCUCCGCGGACAUAUAAAGCAGCUUUCAGCCGCUGCUGGUCACAUUUUCUCGAGUCUCGUCUCCAGAAACAAGCAGCAACAAAAUGAGUGGCCGCGGAAAGACCGGAGGGAAAGCCAGAGCGAAGGCCAAGACCCGCUCCUCUAGAGCCGGACUCCAGUUCCCGGUGGGCCGCGUUCACAGGCUGCUGCGCAAAGGCAACUACGGAGAGCGGGUCGGUGCCGGAGCCCCCGUCUACCUGGCCGCUGUGCUCGAGUAUCUGACCGCUGAGAUCCUGGAGCUGGCUGGGAACGCCGCCCGCGACAACAAGAAGACCCGCAUCAUCCCCCGUCACCUGCAGCUGGCCGUCCGCAACGACGAGGAGCUCAACAAGCUGCUGGGUGGAGUCACCAUCGCUCAGGGUGGAGUGCUGCCCAACAUCCAGGCGGUGCUGCUGCCCAAGAAAACCGAGAAGGCCGCCAAGGCCAAGUAAACCUGCUGUUGCUCAGCAACAAGCAAACAAACGGCUCUUUUAAGAGCCACACACUUUACUGUAAGAGCUCUGGCUGCUGCUGCUGCUUUCACAAACAUGUUUUUAUCAUAAGCAUCCAAUUUUCUCAAAACACAUUACUUAUGAAAUCUUGAAAGAAUAUGAAUGUAACCUCACUGUGGGACAAAUUAUAAAAUUUCCACCACUGACUUCAUGUUCAUAAAGUUACAAUUUAUUUAAUUCACCAGUGAAAAUGUUCUUAUAAAAAGUAAUUCUGGUUCUGAACUACAAUCUCAGCCACUUCACUUCUAUACUAAGGUCAAGUUUUU